UAAACCCGAGCGCGGCGCCACCCCUUCGCCUCGCCAGGGGAAGAAAUGGGGGCUUCUUCCUCGGCGAGACCCUGCCGGCGGGACGGGCGGCCUGUCGCGUGAGAGGAAUCAGCGCUCCGCCGUCCCCGGCGGCUUUGGCACCGCCGCUCAAGGGGAGGAAGCGAGGCCGGGCGAGCGGGUGCAUGCAGCUGUGCUGUGCUGUGCUGGGCCGGCCUCGGCCUCUCAUUGUUGAAGGGAUUGUGGCGGGGCGGCCGCCGCGGCUUUCCUCAUCCGAAAGGAGGCGAGCGCCAGGCGGUCAAACUAUCUCGCCGCGCCGAGGAGAAUCCGGCCACCCUGCGCAACGGCGGCGUUGGCGGCGUCAGGAUGGCAUGAUCGGAAAGAAGAAAAAGAAUAAGCUGGGUUGCUGACACAACAUGGAAGAGCCAUUCACUGUGAGUUCCUUGAAAAAGCUAGCAGCUAUUCCUGACCACACAGAUAUUUCCUUGAGCCCAGAGGAGCGUGUCCGUGCCUUAAGCAAGCUUGGCUGUAACAUCACAAUAAAUGAAGACAUUACACCCCGACGCUACUUCAGAUCCGGUGUGGAGAUGGAGCGCAUGGCUUUCGUCUACCUGCAAGAGGGAAAUCUUGAAAAUGCCUUCGUCCUCUACAAUAAAUUUAUAACUUUGUUUGUAGAGAAGCUGCCAUGUCACCGAGACUACCAGCAAUGUGCAGUUCCAGAGAAACAGGAUAUUAUGAAGAAACUGAAGGAUGUAGCAUUUCCAAGGACUGAUGAAUUGAAGAAAGAGCUGUUAAAGAAAUACAAUGCAGAAUACCAAGAAUAUAUGCAAGAUAAGAACAAAGGCAAAGCUGAGUUACUGAAGAAACUAGAGCAAGAGAAAUUAAUUGAGGCAGAAAAGAAGCGGAUUGCACAGAUCCGUCAACAGCAGCUGGAAACAGAACAGUUUCAAUUCUUUGAAGAUCAGUUAAAAAAGCAAGAAAUAGCUCGUGGUCAGAAAACUAAGAAUAAUUCAGUUACAUCAGAGCCAGCUGAUGGGAACACGUUGUCAUCUGCUCCACACCUGAACAAUACUUUCCCCAAAAUAAUAGCAAACAAGUGUGAUGCUUCUGCUAGUCAAUCUCCUCCAAUCAGUCGGGCCUUAAAGCCAGCUGCUACCUUAAGUGCCGUUCAGAACGAUGCUACUGAAGGACUGCGAAGUGUGGUUCUACCCAGUGAUCUUUGUCACAAGUUUUUGCUGCUUGCAGACGCAAACACCGCAAGAGGAAUAGAGACGUGUGGCAUUCUCUGUGGAAAACUGACUCAUAAUGAAUUCACUAUUACUCAUGUAAUCAUACCAAAACAGUCUGCAGGACCAGACUAUUGUGACAUGGAGAAUGUGGAAGAGCUAUUCGGCGUUCAAGACCAACAUGAUCUUCUCACGCUGGGAUGGAUCCAUUCCCAUCCAACCCAGACUGCGUUCUUAUCCAGCGUUGAUCUUCACACGCAUUGUUCUUAUCAGCUGAUGCUGCCAGAGGCCAUUGCAAUUGUUUGUUCACCAAAACAUAAUGAGGUGGGAAUCUUCAGACUUACUAAUGCUGGCAUGUUGGAAGUUUCUGCUUGUAAGAAGAAGAGCUUUCACCCUCAUACCAAGGAUCCUAGGCUAUUUAAUAUCUGCAAACAUGUCAUUGAAAAAGAGAUAAAAAUAACUGUGCUGGAUCUGAGGUGAUACAGAGAGAAGAAUACCUUCGGUAAAACAUAAGUCCAAAGGAAAACAAGGCUGUCCAGUUUUCCUAGCGUUUUCCAAGUUACUGACAUUUUAUAUUUGUAUGUUUUGAAUUUAACAAUUUGAUAUUUAUUGCCCUUUUCUCAUUUUGAAGUUAUUUCAUUGUACAGUCAAAAUGAAGCUCACGGUGGCAUUCAGUCCGGGUAUGUUAUUUUAUUGGAAUAAUAUGACAAUAAAGUGAACUUGACACAAUGACA